AUGUAUGUGAAAUGUUCGGGAUAUCAGAUAAACUCACACACCGACCCCAAAUCAUUGAAGUUCCAUAAAAACUCACAUGGGAAGCCUGAGAUAGAGUGGCAAAUCACGGAUAAUUGGUGCCCACCUCCUUUGCAUUUCAACAUCUCUCACACUUCUUCUCUGGUAGCAUGUGGAGUGACCACCAAAGCUCGUAUUGGUAUUGAUGUGGAAGAAAAGCAGAGGAAAAUUAAGCACGACGUUUUAUCUUUUGCUCGACGCUAUUUCUCCAAACACGAGCUUCGAUUCUUGGCGGCAAUUUCCGACCCACAAGUUCAGCACAUGAAAUUUGUUAAAUUAUGGACACUCAAGGAGGCAUAUGUCAAAGCCUUGGGCAAGGGGUUCUCAGGUGCACCUUUCAAGACAUUCACCAUACACUUUGAAGGUGUGGAUAAACGAGGCUUCAGUUCAAUUGAUUAUUCAAGUCCUAAGGCUUCUGAAAUAAUUGUGGAGUCUCUCGACGAAACUACUGACAUUACAAGUAAUUGGCAAUUUGUGCUGUUGGAAUUGGCUAAUUUGCAUUAUGUGGCAAUUUGCACUGAGAAACCUGGUGAUGUUGAAGGCAAAAUAAAUGUUCCGAGGAAGUUAAAGGUGUGGAAAACAGUUCCAUUUUUGGAGGAUGUGUGUGUUUCUGGAACAGAUGCAGUUAAAAUAAUUUGUGGCUUGCAGUGAUUUUGGACUUGAGGAAGUAUUUGAACUUUACAAAUUCUUAUAUGAGUCGACCUAACCGUGACCUAACCGUGACAACUCAAAUCAAAAUAAUUAUCCGUCGAUCAAGAAAGCAUGACGAGCUCCGAGGGAUUUCCAGCCGUUGAUGUAGACAAAGAGUUGAAUCCAUGCUCUGAGAAGGAUUUCUUGGCUGACUCGAUUUCUGCAGAUUGUGUAACUUCAAAGGAGAUUAAGGAUAAAUAUGAAGAGGCCGAAAGGAAAGAACGUGAAAAGAAGGACAUUCAGAACCUUAAAACCGUGUUCGUUAUUACAGGGAUUGUGGUGGCUGUUGCCGGUUCAAUCUUCGCCAUAACCAGGAAACUCAGAGAGAAAUGAGACUUGUUAUAUACUCUAUUUUUGUUAUAGAAGUUCUGUAUCACACAAUAUUUUUCAAGAUUAUUAGUCAUCAUAACUAUCCAGUGGUCAUGUACUUGAAAUUUAUGUGGAACAGUGGAAGUGAUGUGAUCAGUAUUUGUUGUGUAGUUAAGACUGCAUGUUUUGAAAUUAAUUCUUGAAAUGAAUUUAAUUUUCUCGAA